CCCAAUUGUGAUUUGCAAUUUUCACUGUGCCUGCUUCAAACGUGAAUGUUUAUUUUAUAUACAAAAUUUGAUUGAAAAUAUUCAGUAAAUAGCACAGCUAGGAAAAUAUAACAACAAUGUCAAGCACGCAAGCGACAGUUACUGCUUACCUGGCAGCACAAAAGAAGACGACAAACAAAGAACUCGCUGCCGAAUGGACACUCAUCGAAGAGUUGUACAACGAAAAGCUGUGGAACGAGUUGACCAUUAAGCUGGUGACCUUUGUGCGUCACGAGUCGCUGCAGGAUGAGAGCGCUCUGUUGCAGCUGUACCAGAAUUUCAUUUCCACAUUCGAAACAAAAAUAAAUCCCUAUGGGCUGAUCCAAAUACUCGAGGUUGUUGUGGACAACAUCAGCGAUAAAAAGGAAGCGAUUGAUUUUCUGGAAAAGAUGAAGGAUAAGGUGAAAAUCUGCGAUGAAGCUGUCUGGUAUCUGCAGGUAAUGCAGGGUAACCUCUACCUCAGCAAUCUGAACGAUCUGAAUGCCACCAAGAAGAUCAUCGAGGAGCUGCGCGAUGUCCUCGAGGAAGCCGGAAAUGUGACGCCUGUGCACGGCAAAUACUAUAUGCUGGCAUCUCAAUAUUAUCGCCGUGUGGGCAAACACAGUGAAUACUAUCGCUGUGGUCUGCAGUUCCUGGGCUGCUCCCUUGAUGGUUAUCCCCGGGAUCAGUGGGCACAGCAGGCGUUCUUCUUGGGACUCGCUGCUCUCCUGGGUGAUGGUGUCUACAACAUUGGCGAACUCUUGGCUCAUCCCAUUCUGGAAUCGCUACAAAAUACAGAAAAUGAAUGGCUUGUGGAGCUUUUGAAGGCAUUCAACACGGGCGACAUUAACAAAUUUAAUGACAUGAAAAAGAUUUGGUCAAAGAUCCCCGAUCUCGCCGCCCAAGAGGUCAAGCUGCGCCAGAAGAUUUCGCUGCUCUGCCUCAUGGAGAUGACAUUCAAGCGCUCGGCCAUCGAGAGAGCCAUUUCCUUUGUGGAUAUUGCCAACGAGACAAAGCUGCCAGCCAAGGAGGUCGAGUUCCUGAUCAUGAAGGCACUGGCACUCGAUCUGGUGCGUGGGGAGAUCGAUCAGGUGGCGGGAGUUGUCAACAUGUCGUGGGUGCAACCGCGCGUUUUAAAUCGCAGCCAAAUCGCGGGCAUGGCAAGCACAUUGGACACUUGGAUGGGAGCGAUCACCAGCAUGGAGAAGCUCAUGGAGAAUCGUGCAGCUGAAAUUCUCACAAAUUGAUUAUAAGUUAUGAUUAAUUUCCCCAUUUCCCAUUUGCGUUUAUUGCUUUUGAAUUAAACCAACAACAACAACA